CCGCCAGCAUCGCUCGCCAUCCGCACCUGUUUGAGCGUAAGCUCUUUCGGCUCGGGCUCACCGGGCCAUCUUCGCCUCAAUAUAGCAGCGUCUUGCCGACUCGAGAUGCUAGGAGCUCCUUCCGCUUGCACGUUCCUUGCCCUGCUCGGUGGCCUUGUCGCGGCUGUGAGCGGUCAUGGCGCGACUGGCACCAGCCAGGCGCGUGCCCUGCUUCAGACGUGGGACGCGGCCCUGGACGGCACCAGGUCAAGCGCGAAGUCGACGCCCUUGACAAAGGUGGUGGACCUUUUGAAGAGUAUGCAGGACACGUUGGAGAAGGAGAUGGAUGACGAUAAGAAGUUGUACGAGAAGCUCAAGUGCUGGUGCGAGAACAACGAGUGGGAGAAGACCAACGCGAUCGAGGAUAGCGAGUCCAAGAUUGAGCAGCUGGAGGCAGACAUCCAGUCGCUCUCGGCCAAGAAGGCGGAACUGAUGGCCGUCAUCAAGGAGGUGACGGAGAAGACAGACGCCGAAAAGGAGGCCUUGGCAGAGGCUCAGGCUCUGAGGGACAAGCAGCUGCAAGAGUUCCACGCCAUGGAGUUGGACAGCAUCCAGGCGCUGGAGCAGCUCAAGGCUGCACUCACCAUUCUGGGCAAGCACCAUGGCGAGGGCGUGUUUCAGCAGUUCGCCCCCCUCUCGCUGCUGGCCACCGGCGGCAGGGACGAGCCCUGGACCACGGCGCACGAGAGGGCGCAGGUGGGCCACGCCCUUGAGGAGUUCAUGAGCCGGAACGACGGGCCGGCGGAUUUUGGUCUGGGGAAGCCCGAGCGCACCCGAGGCGAGUUCUUGCAGCACGACCCCACCGCCCUCUCUGCCAGCGACAGGGGCUCGCACCCUGCGGGCUGGACGGCGGAGGAGGCCGCCGUCGUCCACCGUGCGCUCAAGGCCGGCGCCGCCUUCGUCCAGGCGCAUCACGAGCAGAGCUACUAUCCGUCGUACACCGCUCAGAGCGGCGAGAUCGUGGGAAUCUUGAAGCAGACGAGAUGGAGGCCGACCUCUCGGAGGCCCAGAAGCAGGAGGCCAUGCGCUCGGAGGAGUUCGAGGUGCUGCGCAAGGCGAAGACGGCGGAGAUCGAGGCCGGAGAGAGGAUUCGGAUGGAGGAGCAGAAGGAGGACGAGCUCGCCACGACCGCCAACGCCCUCGCCGAGGCCAAGGAGGACCUCGGCCAGGAGCAGGCUCUGCUGGCCGAGAACCAGGGGUUCCUGAAGAACAUGAAGGAGACCUGCGCGGAGGCCGACAAGAACUGGGGCCAGCGCAGGAAGGCGCGGCAGGCGGAGAUGGAGGCGGUGGCCCAGACGAUCGCCAUCCUGACGGAGGACGAGGCCAGGGACGCGGCGGCGGGCACCUACAGCUUCGUGCAGCGCUCCUCGGCGCGCAGGGCGGAGAGCGCGCGGGCCGGCGGGCGGCGCAGGGCCGCGGCGGCGCUGCUGCACAGGGCGGCGCUGAAGGCACACAGCCCACAGCUGGCCAUGCUGGCCACCGCGGUCGAGCUCGACGCCUUCGAGAAGGUCAAGAAGGCCAUCGACGACAUGAUCGUGAUGCUGAAGAGGCAGACGGAGGACGAGGUGAAGAAGCACGACUGGUGCAAGGCCGAGUUCAAGGAGAACGAGAUGACCACGCUGAAGACGGAUGACCGCAAGGCCGACCUCGAGGCCAAGAUCGCGGAGCUGGCGUCCACCAUCAAGGCGCUGGAGACCGACAUCGCCAAGGCCACGCACGACAUCGAGGAAGCGGAGGUCGCGCUGCAGAGCGCAAGCCUCGCACGCAGAGAGGAGAAUUUGGACUACCAGAAGGUGGUCGCCGACCAGACCGUCGUCAUUGAUGUCCUCAAGAAGGCCGCGAAGAGGAUGGCAAAGUACUACGAGAACGAGUCUUUCCUCCAGCGCCGCAAGGGCACAGAGAACCCUGCGCCGGGGUCGGUGGCGCCAGUGGCUCAGAUGGAAUACAAGCCGAGCUCGGGUGCCGCUGGGGUGAUGCAGAUGCUCGAGAAGCUCAUCUCGGAGGCGAAGGAGCUGAUGACAGAAUCCAAGUCCUCUGAGAGCGAGGCCCAGAAGGCAUACGAGGAGACCAUCGCCAGCACCAACGCCCAGAUCGCCGACCUGCAGAAGCUGGUGACGGUGAAGGCCCAGGCGAAGGCCAAGGCCACGAAGGACAAGCUGCAGGCCGAGGAGGACCUUACGGCCACCGUGCUCGAGCUCGAGGGCCUCGCGAAGUACAAGGCAGACCUGCACACCGAGUGUGACUUCCUUCUUCACAACUUUGACACCCGACAGGAGUCCCGCGGUGCUGAAGUUGAGGCUCUGCAGCAGGCGAAGCAGAUCCUCAACGGUGCCCAGCUGAGCGGGUUCUAGGGUACACUCUCUUCCCCAUUGACCCAGGCCACGGCGUCGUGUCAAAGCGGUGCGGUUGGCCGACAUCACUUUCACAUCAUCACCGCUGCCGUCUUUAAUAU